AUGGAAGGUGAGCUCUCCAGAUUGUGGCAGAUUCUGGAGAACACCCUCCCAAGAGAGGUGUUGAAUCAAUUCAGACACUAUCAAACCAGCAGAUACAACAGGCAAUUCUCAACCAUCAGAGAUAGAAAUCGGAGAAAAAUAAGAGCACUUAUAGAUGAGCAACUCAGGAAGGUGAAUCCACAGGACAAAUGGGUAAAUAACAUCAGUUCCACUAUAGUACCUGAUAGAGUGUUGAAAUUCCUAGCACUCGGACCUAAAUUCAGCAUAGACCUCCCCACGAGGCUGAUCUCGAUUCCCAGAUUGCUAGCGGACGUAGAAUAUAUCAUUAACCUCAACAGUGCACUUUCAGAAGAGGGGAAGAACAUAAAACGUGCGCAAACUACUAAUGUGAUCACUAACCACAUCAAUCCCAGGAAAAGCACAAACAAUAUAUACCAGAGAGAGUUUUUUCACUGUAGGAAUUACCUCAGGGAACAUCAGGAAUUACUGGUUCUAAGAGCGGACAAGGGCAGUGUAACAGUAUUGAUGGACAAGGCCCAGUACAUGGAAUUGGUAGACACCUUAUUGCAGGACACACAACAGUACAAACAUUUACACAGAGAUCCCACCACAAAGAUACAGAAUCUAGGCAACUCACUGAUUAAGAGUCUGGCCAAUAAAGGCCACAUAACCCAAGUACAAGGUAAGCAGAUGUACAAUUACAAUUCGAUCCCAGCGAGAUUUUACGGCUCACCCAAAGUACACAAGCCCACCCUAACCCUGAGGCCUAUUAUGUCUUGCAUCAACACCCCCACAGCAAACUUAUCUAUAUUUGUGACCAAUAUUCUGUCUUCCUACCUAUCGACCACGAGGAGCAGAUACCACGUAGAAGAUUCCUUUUCCUUCGCAGGCUACAUCAGUGAGAUUCAGCUCCCGGACAACUAUGUGUUGAUCAGUCUCGACGUCGUCUCACUCUUCAGCAACAUAACAUUAGAGCUUACAUUGUCAGCUAUCGGAGAGAAGUGGGAAGCCAUAGCCUGCCAUACCACCAUACCAAGGGAGGACUUCAUGGCCAUUGUCAGGUUUCUUUUUGAAUCCAAUUACUUCAUAUUCAAUGGCAACUUUUACCUUCAGAUUUUGGGCUCCCCAAUGGGCUCCAGCUCCAGCUCACCCAUUGCAGAGAUUGUGAUGGAGUUUGUACUCGAUAAUGCACUCAUAGGAGUCCUUUUUUACAUCCCACUGAUAAAAAGAUACGUGGAUGACAUCAUCUGUUCGGUGCCUGAAGACGAAGUAACUUACCUCCUAAACAAGUUCAACUCCCAACACAACCGCAUACAAUUUACUCUAGAGGAGGAAACCAACAGAAGUGUCCCUUUUUUGGACACAAGGGUCAUUAGGGCAUCUGAUAACAAGCUGAUCCUUGACUGGUACCAGAAACCUUCCGCUUCAGGAAGAUAUUUACACUAUCUUUCCAAUCAUGCACAUUCGCAGAAAGUAAACAUGGUGUUGGGGUUAAAAAAUCGCAUCUUGAGAAUUUCCCACCACUCCUUAAGGCAGAAGAACCUCAGACUCUUACAUCAGUUGAUGAUGGAGAAUGGAUACCCCAGAAAUCUAUUGAAUAGGCUAAUCUACGGUUCCAGUUCCAGUCCACCUGAACGACAACGAAAUGGAGACACGAGCGCAUCCGCCACAACAGACGUCAACCUUAUCUAUUCGUCCAUUCCGUUGAUCAAGGGUCUAACCAAUGCAUUGAUCAGUCUCCUAAGAACCUCAAACGUGAGACUGAUACCCCGAUCGGAAUUUAAGAUUGAUAAACUUUUUAGUCGCACAAAAGAAAGAAUCAACACCAUGAACAAGAGUGGCGUAGUAUAUUUAGUCCCUUGCUCUGUAUGUGAGGAGGUUUACAUAGGCCAGACAUCACAACAAUUAAAGAAAAGAUUGACACAGCAUAAGAGCGACAUAAAAAACCCCAAAAAGAUUUGUGCAUUGGCUGACCAUACCAGGAACAGGGAUCAUCUCAUGGACUAUGACUCUGUCCAGGUCCUUGACUCUGAGCGGAAUGGAAGCAAACGAUGUUUCCUAGAAAUGUACCACAUCAUACGACAGGUCAAUUCCAUGAAUUAUAGAAGAGACAUCAAUAACAUCAGUAGUAUCUACACAUAUCUGAUCCGUUUCGACCAACUCAGUGAGAGAGAGAUGGCGAGGCCACUAAGUGGAGCUGAAAUGGGUACACUGGAUGGUGGAUGA